AUGUAUUGCGAUGGAGAGGCUGAGCUAUUUAUUUUCGACAAGACAUCUAUCAAAGAGUUUGGAGCAUAUGCGGCCGAAGGGUUCUGCGAUCCCUACACCCAGACAGUUUCGGUCGACCUAAAUGGUGUGCUAACAACUAUCACAAAUUUGUAUGGCAUUUGCGUGUUGCCAACGGAUCGUUGUGCUUGCCAAUCUCUAGCCAUCCAGCCUUCAAACAUCUUCCAAAACAUCCCAAGAGGCCAUCCUUACUACAGAAACGUGACCCUGAACACCAUAAAAUCCCCAAUCAUUUAUUUAUUUAUUUAUUUAUUACGCUCUCUCAGAGACGUGAUGAAAACCAAUUACAUAAAUAUAAAAACAACAAAAAACAGAAGACAAAUACAAAUAAUAGAAGAAAAAAAAAUUGGGAAAGGGGGGUGA